UGUUUCUCAUGAGGAAAUCUUGAAGGACUCCAGGUUUUCCCAGUUUCUCAGAAAUGCUGUGGACUGGCUCAAGCCCUCCCCUGGGGCCCUGGUUGGGGUCCAUCAUCAUUUGGAUUCUCUCUCCCAGCUGCUUCUCAGGGCUGGCACCAAAGUACAGGCUGGGGCAGAGCUCAGCACCGCUCUGGGGGUGUACUGUAUGGAUGCCUAUGACAGUACUCAUGCAAAGAACCUGAUUCACUUUGUAAAGGAAGGUGGGGGCCUGCUCAUUGGAGGCCAGGCCUGGUACUGGGCUAGUCAACAUGGCAAGGAGAAGGUGCUGUUUGAAUUUCCUGGGAACCAGGUGACCAGUGUGGCUGGUGUGUACUCCACAGGCAUUGAGAGAAUGAUCGUCGUGUUCACAGUGUCCAAAGCAAUGCCGAAGAUUCCUCUGAUCACCCAGGAAAACUCUCCCUGGCAGUCAACCAUCCAUCAGUUCCUGCACCCUGGGCUGAGUUGGCCACAGAGAACAGUACCAGCUGGUGAUGUGCACCUAAUGGACAACCCAGACAGUCUGCUCGCCAUGUGGGACAAGAUGAUGAAUGCAACAGCCAGACCAGCAGCCAUCCCAGCAACUUUUCCAAGGCCAGAGAGGAUGGUGGUGGAUGUCCAGAUAUCUAAUAGAAAGUAUAGUCCAGUGAUGGUUACCAGAGUCGGACAAAGUCCAGUGACUGUUGGGCAGCUCCAGAGUGAUGAGGGAAAUAAUUUUAUUUUUCUCAUUGUGGUGUUCCAUCCCAGCACCUUUCCCAGACAAAUUGUCAAAACUGUGUUUUACCUUCCCUGCAACCUCUGGUCUGUUUGUGUGAAUGAGACUGUGUUGGGCAUCCCAAGAGAUAAGGCCCACAAUGCACUUAUGGUACAACUUAGAAAGAAGAGAAUUGAAGAUUAUAUUAAAAAUGGAGCACAGCUGAAGGACUGGAAAGUAUUUACUGUACUGGAGACCUACCUGCAGGUAAUCUGCAGGAAAAUUAAACUUUUGACUAGAAUGCAAACAGAUUUACAAGUUGAUCAUUUUAAUGCAGAGCUGCUUCUUUCCUUUUCCUCACUUUCUGCAACAAGUUGACCCCCCACCCCAUUUUAUCUCUCCCUCUGCUGAAUA